CAUCAAUACAUCAAUGAAUGAACUCAUUUCUGCUAACAAUCUACAAGUCCAAAUCAACGACAUGCUAAACGUACGGAUUCAAAAGCUGGUGGAUACCAUAGAAGAAAUGACGAAACAAUCCUUACUGAACAAUAUCAUAAUGAAAGAGUACGAAACGAUAUUGUUUCUUCUAAAUGUAGAAAGCCUCAACUCUAUAAUUCUAGAAAUCCAGGAUGCCAUACUAAAAGCAAAAGCAAAACUACCAUACAACAAACUUCUAUCAUUCAAGGAAAAAUUAUUGAUUGAAUCGAUAAUUCAAAAACAAGCAAUAUCAACUUCCUUUCCAGAAGAAGCGCUUGCCUACGUCACUACAAAAAUAGCAACAAAAAAAGACAUUCUUCUGUACAUCAUUGAAGUACCACAAUUAGAAACCGGUGUUUCCGAUAUAAUCACCAUACAUCCGCUUAUCAUCAAUGGUACUAGAAUAGUGAAUAUCCCUACAAGAAUCAUAAAGACAGCAGAAAAGUUAUACACCACAUCAAAACCAAACGAUUUUGUCCAGUACCAAGAGUACCUUCAAGAGAUUUAUGACGAAUGUUCAGUCUCCAUUAUACAAGGGAAAGUCAGUCACUGCCACAUUACAAAUGACAACAACACACUUAUCGAUCUAAUUGCCCAAAAUAAGGUGUUAAUCAACAAUGCAUAUAAGCUCUUACUCCGUUCUGAUUGUGAACCGCAUGACCGCUACAUAUCUGGUAACAGUCUGUUGACGUUUAGUAAUUGUAGCGUAACCCUUAACAAUCGGACAUUCGUUUCUAAAUCAAUAUUAUCCACCGAAGAAGAUAUACAAGGAGCUUUUCUAAACCUGGAAGUUAACAGAAGCCUCUCACUCAACCUGCAGACCCUGAAGGAAGAAAACAUGAUACACAGAAAAAUGAUAGAUCAUUUGAAACUGUCACAGUAUGAGCAUAAAAACUGGAUAUUAAGCAUUAUUGGAGGUCUUUCGAUAACAACAACAAGCUUGAUUAUACUAAUAGCCUACAUGUGCCUAUGCCAGAAGAAGAUAGUACGAAAGCAUCGUUGCAGAAAACAUAAGAAUAGCCAAGGCCGAGGACGUCCUUCUUCAAACCCCGGAGAAGUCACACAGUCCAUCGCUUACGACAGCGGUCUCCAGUGACAAUCGACCGUGGGACCAGACGACAGUGGUCUCCAGUUGCAAGUCAGCGCAACGCGGCUCCCGCAGGCC